AGAAAGAGAGAUCCGAUUGACUUUAACGACUUCAAAUACCAACUGAUAAAAUUCUUUUUAUAUGUGUUUUGAUAGUGGGCCGUGCGUGACAACUACGCAUUCGGCCGUUUCAAUUGAUCAGGUUAAGGUAGUUUACGUGGUCGCACAAUAGUGUUUUAUUAAAUUUACGAAACUUUUGUUUGGAUAAUUAAUGUGUUACAAGUGACUUAAAAUGUGAACAAGAAUAUGUACGAGAGUUACCUACGAAAGAGUUAAUUGUAAUUGCGCGAUUAAUAAUUCAUUAAAACCGGUUUAAUGCUAGUGGUUGAGUGCGUGAUACGAAGACGUUGCAAUGGCAUUUUCACUGAAUAAAUUGAAGAAUUUUCUGAACAGUAAUAAGGAUGGCGGUGGUCAGUUGGCUGGUAGUGGUAGUUUGGAGCCGGAGAUAGGGUUUAAAUUGUCUCUGCACCCGAUCAACAAGAAUUUAUACGUGACCGUCAUUGGCGCGAGACACCUUCCGUCCCUAUUCGGUUUGAGUCGCGCCCAUGGAUACCUUGUUAAGGUAAAAUUAUUCCCUGGCGAUAGCAAAUUUGAGACCACAUUGCAAGAAAGCUCAUGGCCUGUUUGGAACGAGGACUUCAAAUUCCAAUUGAAACCAAAAGAAACAGCAAAGAAGAGUACAGAGAAAAUCGAUCUUCAAAGCCAACUAGCCGGCCACUUCUUGUCUUUAACCAUUUACGCAGUAUUAGAACCACCAAAAACAGACUCCGACAAAAGAAAAUAUAGUAAAACUUUGGAUGCUAAAAAAACUCCAAAAGUAACAGAACAAGAGGAACCUAAGGCCAAAUCUGGGUUUUUGGAGAAGACUUUUAGCAGUUUUAAGGCUACGAAAGCUGAAUCUGUAGCUCAGAAAUCAGUAUUAGAAAAGCGACGAACUGUGGGGGCAGCGACGUGGAAUUUCGACGCGAAAUUGUUUCAGAAUGAUCUCAGGAAUGGCUUGAUUGGCACUCCGGACAUCUGGAGGCCAAUUAAUGCCAUUGCCAGUGGCCUCACCGGUGUGAAUGAUGCGAGGAGAGAAAACAAGAAGGGCCAAUUGGAGGUGACCCUUCUAUACACGAGUAGUGAAGAUGGCCUCAAUGACAUCGUACAGCUGACAAUUAACCGGUUGCGUUGCAGCGUGCAGACUAUGCAGGAGCAGGAGCAAUUCAAGGCACCGCUAUACCUGAAGGCCACCAUUCUGGAAGCAAGUAAAGCCGAAUGCUACUGGAAGAGCGACAGAUUCGUUCCCACCAUCUCAGCAAGAUGGGACCCAAAGUCUGCAACAGUCAAACUGUCGGUAUUCAAAGCCAAUUUGAACAAAGUCAGUGUGUACAUAAGUCUAGGAUGUAAAACUAAAAUGGCCAAGAAAGAAACCCUUGGUAAAGCU